GCGCGUGCGCGCGCCCGCCCGCCCGUCCGCCCGUCCGUCGCCGCGGUGACCGUCCUCGCGGCCCGUCGGCUCGCGCCCCGCCUCCAUUUCCCCGCCGCCCCCUUCCCCGUGUCGCGCGCCGUGGCGGGGGGUUGCCGUGCUGCUGCUGCUGCUGCUGCCGCCGCUCGCUCCUCCCGAUUCCCGCCGCGUUCGCCGCUGCUCCUCCUCUCCCAGGCGUCCGCGGCCGCUGCCUCUGCGGGCUGUAUGAGGAGGAGUAGGAGGAGGAGGAGGAGGAAGAGGAGGAUGUGAAGAUGGCGGAGCUGCAGAUGCUGCUGGAGGAGGAAAUCCCGGGGGGCCGCCGGGCUCUCUUCGACAGCUACACGAAUCUGGAGCGGGUGGCCGACUACUGCGAGAACAACUACAUCCAGUCACCAGAUAAGCAACGAGCCCUAGAAGAAACCAAAGCCUACACCACUCAAUCCUUAGCAAGUGUUGCAUAUCUGAUAAACACCUUGGCCAACAAUGUCCUACAGAUGCUGGAUAUCCAAGCAUCACAGCUACGGAGGAUGGAGUCUUCAAUCAACCAUAUCUCACAAACUGUUGAUAUUCAUAAAGAGAAAGUUGCAAGAAGAGAAAUUGGUAUUUUGACCACCAAUAAAAAUACUUCAAGGACCCAUAAGAUUAUUGCGCCAGCCAACCUUGAGCGGCCAGUUCGUUAUAUUCGAAAACCUAUUGACUACACAAUUUUAGAUGACAUUGGACAUGGCGUAAAGUGGUUGCUUAGAUUUAAGGUGAGUACCCAGAAUAUGAAACUGGGUGGAUUGCCACGUACAACACCUCCAACUCAGAAGCCGCCAAGUCCCCCUAUGUCAGGGAAGGGGACACUUGGGCGGCACUCCCCCUAUCGAACACUGGAGCCAGUGCGUCCUCCAGUGGUACCAAAUGAUUACGUACCUAGCCCAACCCGUAAUAUGGCUCCCUCGCAGCAGAGCCCUGUGAGGACAGCUUCUGUGAAUCAAAGAAAUCGAACUUACAGCAGCAGUGGGAGCAGUGGAGGAAGCCACCCAAGUAGUCGGAGCAGCAGUCGGGAGAACAGUGGAAGUGGGAGUGUGGGGGUCCCCAUCGCUGUUCCUACUCCGUCUCCUCCCAGCGUCUUUCCAGCCCCUGCUGGCUCUGCUGGCACUCCUCCCCUUCCUGCUACUUCUGCAUCUGUCCCCACCCCUCUUGUUCCUGCUACUGUUCCCUCCUCCACUGCCCCAGACGCUGCUGCUGGGGGUGCACAGACCCUUGCUGAUGGCUUCACCUCUCCAGCUCCCCCUGUUAUUUCUUCUAAUCCCCCCACGGGUCAUCCUGUUCAGUUCUACAGCAUGAAUAGGCCUGUCUCUCGCCAUACACCUCCCACAAUAGGGGGUUCAUUGCCCUAUAGACGCCCUCCCUCCAUAACUUCACAGACAAGCCUUCAGAAUCAGAUGAACGGAGGUCCUUUUUAUAACCAGAAUCCAGUAUCUCUUGCUCCUCCUCCUCCUUCCAUCCUACAGGUAACUCCUCAGUUACCUUUAAUGGGAUUUGUGGCCAGAGUCCAAGAAAAUAUUUCAGAUACACCACCUCCACCCCCACCUGUGGAAGAGCCUGUCUUUGAUGAGUCCCCGCCUCCACCGCCUCCUCCGGAAGAUUAUGAAGAGGAGGAGGCGGCUGUGGUUGAGUACAGCGAUCCUUAUGCAGAAGAGGACCCACCAUGGGCCCCGCGGUCCUACCUGGAAAAGGUUGUGGCAAUUUAUGAUUAUACAAAAGACAAGGAAGAUGAGCUGUCCUUUCAGGAAGGAGCCAUUAUAUAUGUCAUCAAGAAGAAUGACGACGGUUGGUAUGAGGGAGUUAUGAAUGGCGUGACUGGGCUCUUCCCUGGGAACUAUGUUGAGUCCAUCAUGCAUUAUUCAGAGUAGAGCCGGCACAGCUGUGCUUCUCUCUCAGGAGUCAGGUCUUCCCAGAUUA